UUUAGCAAAUUCUUUAUAAAUCCAUAUAAUUAGUACUCACCUCAUUCUCUUCAAAACAUUUUCUCAAAAAAACCUCUCAUGGAAGAUCAAUCAUCAUCAUCAGUACCUUCAUCGCUAUCUUCAUCACCAUUACCAAACACCCAUCUUAAAACAUAUGAACUAACGGCAUCUUCCAUAUCCUACACCAAAUUUACUUCCUCAUCUUCCACACCAAAUUUUCUUUUCAAACCUUGCACUACAUCUGCACCACCAACUUACAUCCUCCGGGACAUUUCUUUCACGGCAUACCCUUCGCAAAUCCUUGCCAUUGUUGGUCCAAGUGGUGCCGGUAAGUCGACUCUUCUUGACAUUUUAGCAGCAAGAACUUUACCUACCCAUGGCUCUCUUUUCCUCAACUCGACGCCUCUUAAUUCUUCUUCGUUCAGGAAACUGUCCGCCUAUGUUCCGCAACAUGAUGCAUCUCUUCCAUUACUUACAGUCUUAGAAACCUUCAUUUUUGCUGCUAAACUUCUCAUUCCCGACAACUCCCAGAUUUCCUCAGUUGUGGACACUCUCCUUUCCGAUCUUCGUCUUUCUCACCUUGCCAAUACCCGUCUUUCAUGUGGUUUGUCCGGUGGAGAACGCAGACGUGUUUCCAUCGGUCUUAGUCUUCUUCACGACCCUUCUGUUUUACUUCUUGACGAACCAACUUCUGGUCUUGAUAGCUCAUCAGCUUUCAAUGUAAUGCAAACACUUCGAUCAAUUGUUGGUUCUCGUCAUAGAACUUUAAUCCUUUCAAUUCAUCAACCAAACUUCAAAAUUCUGUCCACCAUUGAUAGUAUUCUUUUACUAUCAAAAGGACAAGUUGUACACCAUGGAUCAAUUUCUUCUCUUCAGUCAUUUUUACUUACUAGUGGCUUUUCAGUACCUCCGCAGCUAAAUGCACUUGAAUAUGCAAUGGAAAUACUAAGCCAACUUCAUGAAAACAGAACCGUAACUUCGCCAGAAUCCGUUCCUACUCCAUCCAUUGACCACACUUCUUCUUCUUUAUCCAACAAUGAUAUUUUACCAAGAGAGAAAAGAUUUAAGAGUUCAAAAAUUCAUGAGAUUCUUACUCUUUACAAUAGGUUUUGGAAGAUCAUUUAUAGAACAAGACAACUUCUGUUCACAAACACAUUAGAAGCUCUUAUAGUUGGUGUUGUUUUAGGAACUAUUUACAUUCAUGUUGGUUAUGAUAAACAAGGGGUUGACAAAAGAUUUGGUCUGUUUGCUUUCACACUUACGUUUCUUCUCUCGUCGACAACCGAAGCUCUACCGAUCUUCAUUAAUGAAUGGCCAAUCUUGUUAAGAGAAACUUCAACAGGACUUUACAGUCUUUCAUCUCAUCUUAUUGCUAACACCUUAGUUUUCUUACCGUACUUGCUGGCAAUCGCUUUAGUUUACUCGAUCUCGGUUUACUUCUUAGUAGGUCUUUGUUCAACUUGGCAAGCUUUUUCAUACUUUGUUCUAGUCAUAUGGAUUGUUCUUCUCAUGGCAAAUUCAUUUGUACUGUUCUUAAGUUCUCUUGCACCGAAUUAUGUUGCCGGUACGUCUUUGGUUACGAUAUUUCUCGGUGCUUUCUUUCUUUUUUCCGGUUACUUCAUUUCGAAAGGUAGUUUACCAAAUUACUGGAUGUUCAUGCAUUACUUGUCUAUGUACAAAUAUGCUCUCGAUGCACUUCUUAUCAAUGAGUAUUCAUGUAUGGUUUCGAGAUGCUUGGUAUGGGAGGAUGAAGUGAAUAAAGUAUGUAUGAUGACUGGUGGUGAUGUUUUGUUGAAGAAAGAACUUCAUGAGAGACAGAGAUGGAUCAACAUUUACAUUUUGCUUGGGUUUUUCGUUUUCUAUCGUGGUCUUUGUUUGUUGGUUUUGAUUAGAAAAGCUUCAAGAUCAAAGAAAUAACUAAUGUGGAUUUGUUAAGCUCAUUAUGUAAUAACAAUAACAUUAUGUUUAUUUUAAAUAUA